AUGGGAGAUGCGAGGUCUGAAGACCAAUGGGUCAGCGUUCGCGUCUUGAAUAGAAUGCGGAAAAAUGACAUUUCUUUCAAAAACGCCGCCCUAUCAUGGGGCAAAUUCUAUUCCGGUUCCAAAUCCAAUGAGAUUUCGGCUGCGACAGUAGACGAGACUGUUGUGCAUACUGGAAUCACAAAAUCUGCCGACUCAUGCGGCCGCUCAGGUGCGGCGUCAGGAGUAGAGGGUCAUCUUGAUCUCUACGAUGGCACCAAGAAAAUCUGUACUCUCUACUGGAACUGCCCGUGGGGAUCAGCAGUCAACGACUUUCAAGUUCGGGAUUAUUCUGCAGUUACAUCAGACUAUUCGGUAGCUGUUGAAAAUUGGAACCGGAAAGAUGGACCUCUUGGGAAUGUAGACAUUGCUGUUUCACUUUUGGGAGUGCGAGAAAAGAGGUAA